CCUCCCAACGUCUCUCUGAGCUCCUUCCAAAAAAGCGUCGCCUCCUCCUCCGGGAACCUGCGGCGAGGAUCUAGGGUUUGGUCAUCGGUCUCCGGCGACCCCGACGCCGGCCUCCCCCAUGGAAGCGCUCUCGCUCAUCGACGUUUCCGCCGAGGACGACCUCCUCUUCGACCUCGCCUCUCCGCCCCCGCCGCGGUCGACGCAUCGCGAUCCGCCCCACGAAGGGUCUCUGGUGGGCGCCGAGGCAGCUUCUGAUUUGGAGCCCGUCGGCGGUUCUCCGGCCGCGGAGGGCCGGGUUGCGGAUCCGGGCUGUGUGAUGGAGGAGCAGGCGGCCCCCGAGCGGACGGAGUCCCCGAAGCAGCGAAAGGCCAAGACAGGUGUGAACCUCCGCAAGAGCUUGGCUUGGGACAGCGCCUUUUUUACCAGUGAAGGUGUUCUGGAUACCGAGGAAUUAGCCAUUGUAAAUAGCACCUUCCGCAAGACACAGGGCUCCAGGCUUCCCGGAAUUGUGGAGGAAAUGAGGAGAUCAGAGGAAUCAACAACCUCAACUCUGGAAAGCGAAAGCUGGUCAAUGGAAAGCAUAGAGACCGAGCUGUUUGACAAUGUCCGUGCUUCAAUCCAGAGGUCACUUGGCAAACCUGAUAAAGUUCCAGGCAGGCCUGCUGCUAGCUCAAAACCCCCCAAGCCCACAGCAAAUGCGCCUCAUGUUGCAGCAAGAAAGGGGGUUGAUCGGAUGCCUCAGACUAAGAUAAGAGCACCUGUUUCAACAAGCCAAGGAGUUGUUGGUGGCAAACAAAGGCCACAAGCCUCCUCCAAAGAGCCUAAAGCUGCAAGAGUGACUUUGCCACGAGCUGCAGAAGCAAAAUCAUCCUCAAAACCUCCGAAGGCUCUGCCAAGAGUUGCUACAAUGAGGUCAUCAACUAACACAGCUAUCACUUCUGGGAUAUCAGAGAAAAGAAGCAGCACUGGGGGUGUAGUCAGCAGACAGGCAGUUGGGAAAUCUGCCAAUACUUCAGCUAGUGUACGACCUGGUGGGGUCACAAAGUCCAGCUCAAUCUCAAAAUCAGGUGCUUUCACAUCAGCAGUAGCUUCUACCUUCCAUGGUGUUUCGAUGGAUACAAAGCCAGAUGCAAAAACCAAAUCAGCAAGCCUAGGCAACAAGAAUAGGACAGCUCAGAGGGUCCCUGUCCGUUCAUCGUCAAGAUCUGAUGUCAGCAAAUUUAACCCAUCAAGAUCUUCAGGAAACAAGAUCUCAGCUAAGGGUCAUGCUGACCGUUCAUCGCCAAGCAUUUCACCUAGCAGUUCUAUAGACAGCAUGAGUUCUGUAAUUUCUGGGACUUCAACAGCUUCUACUGUAGGCAAGAUGAGCCAUACAUCCGAGAGUUCGAAUCCACUAUCCUCUUCAUUGUCCCCCUCCCUCAGAAAGAGCAAUGACCACCCUCCAAACACAAAACUUAGGCCUCCUAUUGUCACAGAGGGUCAUUCUUCAGGAACAGCAGCAUCUGGGGAUAAUGUGAAAGCUACUGCAGACACAACCAACCAGGGAAAAGGUUUUAAGCCAUCAGGGUUGCGAAGGCCUACACCCAAGAUAGGAUAUUUUGAUGCUGAAAAAUCCAUCGACCAAAACAUUGGUGCACAGUUGCAACUGCAACCCAUAAAGUUCCAGUGUUCGCUACUUGCCACAUCAAAAUCUCAACCAUCUACUCAGAUCAUGAACACUGCAUCAACUAGCUUUGGUCAACAGGAAUCAAAAUCUACUGCAGCACCUCAUGAGGAAAGCUGUGCAUCCAAAAGUAAGGUGGUGCCUCCCAAAGUUGCACAAAUGGAAGUAGAGCCUGUUAAGGUGUCCGAACCUGAAGUGUGCACGCACCAGACGGACCCAGUUGUGGCCGAACCUGAAGCUGAGAAAUCAAUUAACCAAAACAUCGGUGCACAGGUGCAACUGCAACCCAUGAAAAUCCAGUGUUCGCUACCUGCCGCACCAAAAUCUCAACCGUCUUCUACUCAGACUACGAAUACUGCAUCAUCUAUCUCUGGUCAACAAGAAUCAAAAUCUACUGCAGCAUGUCAUGAGGAAAGCAGUGCUUCCAAAAGUAAGGUGGCAAAGGUGGUCCCUCUCAAAAUUGUACAGAUGGAAGUAGAUCCUUUUAAGGUGGCUGAACCUGAAGCAUGCACUGGACCAGUUGUGGCCGAACUUGAAGCUGAGGAAUCCAUUGACCAAAGCACUAGUGCACAGUUGCAACUUCAACCCAUGAAGAUCCGGUGUUCACCACCUGCCACACCGAACUCUCAGCCAUCUUCUCCGACCAUGACCACUGCAUCAUCUACCUUUGGUCCUAAGGACAUCAGUGCUUCCAAAAGCAAUGCAGCGAAGGCGGUGCCUCUCAAAGUUGCACAAAUGGAUGGGGAACCUUUUAAGGUGGUGGCCGAAUAUGAACCGUGCAUGCACCAGCCCAGUCCGAUGGUGGCUGCAGACGCUUCAAAAGAGAACAUCCUGGCUUUGCACCAGAAUAUCCAGGCUAAUGGCGACGCAAGUUCGUUAGCAAUCAAGUUAUUAACCCAGAAGUUGUCCUCCGUUUCUCUUGGGGAGGCCACCCCUGACCUGGCGUUGUGAUCUGGCAGCAAAUGAGUUUCGUGUGGUAUGCUGCUGGUUAUUUCUGAUUACAUCCUUGUUAUCGGAAGGCAACCCCGCAGCCGGUGAACCUAAUGUUCCCCUCUUGAGAG